GCUGCAAAUAUACAUUUGUUACGCUUUGCUUCAUGGGAAUCCCGACAAAUGGAAUCAUCAUUUUUAAGGAAGGCUCCUCCAGUAUAGGUACUAGUGUAAUAAGCUAAUAAGUGAACACAUUCAAAAUGCUAAAAACCUUCCUGGUGUUCGCUGUAACCUUAACCAUGCUAUCAGUAGUCUCUGCCCAGUUCGGAAUCGGUAUCGGAGUCCCAGGCGGUUAUGGCGGAUACGGCCCAGGCGGUUACGGCUGGGGAGGACGUGGUUACGGCCAAGGGGGCUACGGUAACCAAUAUGGCUGGAACCGUUAUGGAGGUGGCUACGGCGGUGGGUUCGGGGGAUUGGGUGGAUUCGGUGGGCUCGGUGGAUAUGGACGCUACUAAUACUACGAGUAAUUUCGUAUUUUUUCUGGACGUUCAUGGUUUUAAAAUAAAGCGGCAUUUAUACUGGAUUUAUAACUAUAAGUAUUAAAUUAAUUAAAGAUGAUUACAUUAGAUUGCUAUGUUAAUUUAAUGAAAUUAAAUAAAUAACAUCACAAAA